UUUUUAUUUUGGCAAGAAGAAGCCUGUAUGGUUGCCUAAUUUGAAAUUAUUUUUGAUAAUUCUCUUGCAUUUUCUGUUCGCCUAUUCAUAUUUCUGAUACAUUGUGAUCAGUUUGGUAUCGGCAAAAAAUGGUUUUGAUGUGGAUUCUGAUUCCAUUCGAAACUUAGGUUAUGUGGUUGUUCAAAAAUGUUUGCUAGGACUGUGCUUAUAAGUUUUCAUCGGACAAACGCCGCUUUCGUGAGACAUUCAUAUAAGCAAAUCCAUUUGGACCGAUUCAACAAACCUAAUAAAUUAUUGGGUAUUUCCUGUUUUCCGCGUAAUGCUAGCCAGGUUGUUCAUUGCCUGCCGAAAAUAGAGUACGAAGAUGUUAAAAAGUGCUAUGAGGAUAAGAAUGUCCUUUUGGUAGACGUACGGGAACCCAAUGAACUGAACGAAACCGGGGUGUUACCCAACAGUAUCAAUAUUCCCUUAGGAGAUGUGGAGAAUAUAUUUCGGUCUAUGUCAAAUGAAGACUUCAAGAAGAAUUUUGGUAGAGAUAAACCCAAUUUAGAUACAAUGAUAGUGUUUUCGUGCAUGAAAGGAAUAAGAAGCGAAAAGGCGCAAAUUAUAGCCAACCAGUUAGGUUUUAAAAAUGUUAAAAAUUAUAUUGGUGGUUGGAUGGAUUGGGUUGAAAGGACAAAGGCAACUAUGCAGCAACCUUAAAUAUUUAAAAUCAGGAUUUUAUUAUUUUAUAAGUUAGAGACGUUUUAGGUUUUAAAUAAAGAUAUAAAAAUAU